AUGGAAUCCUUGGCAAAACUUCAAGUUUGUUUUGCUGAGUUACCGGAUAUUGUUGACCUGAAAGAACUCGGGUCCCUUGGUGUCGGAAGAGGUUGGGCAGAGCUACAUACGCUCAGGGGCGAUACGCCUCGACGAGGUCGGGUAGGGUGGGCAGCCGCGUCAGGAAUAGCCAGCGAUUUAAUCAGUUUGCAAGAGCUUCGAGACCCUGGAUCCUACGAGAUCAUCCAACUUGAACCUCAGGUGGAGGGAUUCUAG